GACGUUGACAAUUGAUGAUGUGUCAGUCGAUAAUGUUGAAGUGAGUUGUGAACGUGUUGAACUCAAAAAUUAAAAGUAAAAAUGAAGAGAAUAUCAUUGUUUUUAGUCUUUUGGGCUUUUGCGAAUGCUUCAGAAAAAAUUAAAAGUCAGCUUGUUAAUAAAAAUGUCGAACGAUCCAUUGAUUUAACAUCACAAUUGGUGAAAAUCAGUACCACUAUAACCCUGGAGAAUACCGGCAAAGAUCCUAUCCGGAGCUUUUUGAUCGCAGAAGAACCAAGAAAUCUUGGUAAUGUUUCAUUUCGUAGUGUGAAGGAUUCUUCUAAAAAUGAUUUGAAGUUUACACCAUCAGAUGUAGACAAUCAUGAGGAUAAGAAAUUUUAUAAUGUCAUUCUCAAACAAUCAAUAGAACCUGGACGUUCAGUUAGUGUUGUAAUGGAAGAAGUGCUGAUGAAGAGUUUGGAACCUUAUCCUAACAGUAUUACUCAAAAAGAAAAACAGUUGGUUCGCUAUUUUGGUAAUCACUAUUUCUACUCUCCAUAUUUUACAACAAAACAGAAAACUGAUGUCACCCUCAGCUCUAGAGGGGUUGAGAAUUACACAAAACUCAAACCAGUUUCAUUAUCCGAUUCUACAAUAUCUUACGGACCUUAUUCCAGCAUACAACCUUUCACAGAUGAUGAAAUGGUUAUACAUUAUGAAAGUAAUGCCCCCUUUUUGACAGUCACAAGGUUGGAAAGGUUCAUCGAGGUAUCACACUGGGGAAAUAUAGCAGUAGAAGAACAUAUUGAAAUUAGGCAUACAGGAGCGAAACUGAAAGGUCCAUUUUCAAGAUAUGAUUAUCAAAGAGAUACAAGUUCCGUACAUCACAGUAUAAAAGCUUACCGUACCAUCCUACCUGCCUCUGCCCAUAGUAUUUACUACAGAGACAGUAAUGGAAAUAUAUCUACAUCGUCAGUGAGACCAAGAAAAGAGUGGAUCGAACUUGAAUUGAGGCCUAGGUUUCCUCUCUUUGGAGGUUGGCAGAGUUCUUACAUUCUUGGAUACAGUGUACCAAGCUAUCAGUACCUGUUCAAAUCGGACAAGGGAGACAAUAUAUUAAACAUGAGAAUAAUAGACCAUGUUUUUGAUGAUAUGUUUGUUGAAGAACUUGUAACUUCUGUGGUUUUACCAGUUGGUGUCUCCGACAUUAGAGUUAAAACUCCAUAUGAAGUUGAACGUCUACCCGAUGAAGUCACACACAAAUAUCUGGACAAUAUCGGCCGCACAGUCAUCAAGUUGAGGAAGACUAACCUAGUAGAGCAACACAUCCAAGAUCUGGAGAUAUCCUACACCUGGAAACCACAUCUUCUUCUGCAUGAACCUGUUCUGCUAUCUAUUGCACUGUUCCUAUUAUUUGUUAUUGUUAUAGUUUGGGUUAGAUUAGAUUUUUCAUUAGGAGUCCAUGACCAAAGUAAAAGAGAGUGAAGUUUUUGUGAAUAAGUAUAAUUUCCUUGUUUGAAAUGAUUUUUCAAUAAAGUUUUUGAUAACUCUUUAUACUUAAUCGAAAA